AUGGUUGAAGAACUUGAAUCUCAUUUGCUUUCAUUUAUGGCAAUACUUAAUCAUUUACAACAUGAUGUUGUACGAUUACCAGAUGUUCUUCAUGCAUUUGCUUAUUUUAUGCAAUUAUAUAAGAACCGUGAAGAUAAUUUUAGCAAAAAUAUGGUUCAACGUUUAGAGUCUCGAUGGAAACAAUGGGAACAACUAUUACUUAUUCUAUCUUUCUUUUUUCAUUCCAAAUAUCGUAAUAGCAUCUUUAAUAGCAAUGCUCCUUCACUAAAUUUAUCUCAAAUCGGUUUAUGGGUACAAUACUAUUAUAAAGAAUGGUUUAAAACACAACCAUCUGUUAUUUUAGCAGAACUCUCAAAAUUUGUCAAUAAAGAAUAUCCAUUUGAUGAUGAUACUGCUUCAAACUUUGAUAAUAUUCAAAAAUAUUGGAAAUUUAUGAUAGGAGCAACAAAGGAAUUAAACAUUCUUGCACUUGGAAAAGUGUUUUCAAUAGCACAAAUGCGUGCUAAAAUAACUUAUAAUCGUGCAGUUAAAAUAGCACGUGAGUUAGAAGAACGUAUACGUGCAAGCACUAUUACAUACAAUACUGAAAACCAUGAAUUUCAUUCAAAACAUAUUCCUAAAAGUGUUGAAACCGAAGUAGAAGUAAUAAUCAAUGAAGAUGAAGAAACAAUAGUAAAUUAUAGUGAGGAUAAUGAAGAUAGUUUAAGCACAAAUACUAACGUAGAUGAUGAAUGGAGAUCAGUUCUUAAUAACUGGUCAGAAGAUCUUAUAAUUGAAAACAUCGAAACAUCUAAUGAGACAUUUAUGAAUUUAAAUCAUCCAGCAGAUGAUCCUGUAGAAAAGUGGUAUCUUACAGAUCUGUUUAUAGCUGAGUUCCCUGCACCUUCAGCAAUAGGAAAUCUUCGAUCAAUUUAUGGUAUAUCAGAAAAUAGUCAUAAUCAGUAG